AUUACACCAAACACCACCACCGUUUCAUCACGCUACGUCGUCGUUUUUGCCUUCAGCACUUCUUCCGAAUCAGUUUGGACAGAUUUUCCCAUUGAGAACGCGUACGAGCUUCUAGAAGUUUCGCAAACAAGCUCAUUCGAUGAGAUCAAAGCUUCGUUUCGCAAAUUGGCGAAAGAAACUCACCCUGAUGUUGCCGAGUCAAGGAACGAUUCCACUGCUUCUAAACGUUUUGUUCAAAUCCUUGCCGCUUAUGAGGAAUAUUGAAUUAACGGGAAUAAUCCAUGAUGUGUUGCAGAUUCUUUCAGAUGCUAGGAGGAGAGCCCAUUAUGACAUGUACUUGUUUUCUCAGAAAAAGCUUACGCAGAAGCGUUCUGAACAGGGUUCAAAGUUGCGCAUUUACGAAUCACAGGCUACUGCAUUCAAGGAGAUGGAAGUUGUUGAAUGGUUAAAGUGGUAUAGAUUAGCUAUAAACGAUAUUUUGUCAGAGAAGAAGGUGGUAGUUGGAACAGGAUAUUUUGAUGUACUCGAGAGAGAUUUUUAUUCUGCUAUUCAUGCAGCAUACUACGGUCCCGAAAUUGAUUCUAUCCCCAUGGAGUUUCUUCCUGACUGUUUUGAGGCUGAAGAGAGGUCCUCUUGUGAAACUCCUGAGGUUUUGCACUUGGUUUCAGGUCGUGAUCUUUUUGGGAUGGUUUGCCUAGUCAACAAGAUUCCAGAGAUAUCAUCUACUGAAAAUGAAAAGUUAACUUCUUACAGAUCCUUCCACUCGGGCCUUUGUCAAUCUGUAAUGGAUGUGAACACCAGCAGGAAUGUAGAAAGGCCAGAUGAUUUUGGAACUCAACAAAGCCGCAGCUCUAAAAUUUCAAAUAAUGUAUCAGAUGCGUAUAGAGAUCUAGAGUUGCAUGUCUCUGGAAAAUUAGUUGCUACAGCAUCUAGGGUCCUACCUAGAUGUUCUAAUGCAAUUCAAACGGAAGAUGCCGGAGAUCACAUUCAUGUGUUCCUUAAUUCAGAUGAAGAUCCCAGACAUAUCAGCAGUAGCUUUUCAAGAAAUUUAUUUACAAAUAGCACAGUUGGUAGCAAAAUCCAUUUGGGAACCAUAUCUGGACUUGGGAGCACUCCAGACGAAGGAUGUUGUUAUGUCUACAACAGCAACCGUGAAAAGACCCAUGCGAUCAUGAAACAUAGAACAUUACUGGUGAAGCAUAUGCACUGGUAUCAUGUGGGUGAGAAAGUGUCAGUUUGCGAGUGUAGAUGCACCAGAGCACGUUUACCACCAAGCAAAUUUUGGCUAUUUGAGCCUCGCUGUGGCUUCCAUGACAUAGGAGGUUGGUAUGUUGAAACAUAUGGCAAAGAUAAGAAGGGUCGUACUAUGCCGUCACAAAGGUUCUGGGAUGGCUUGGAUUAUAGCGAGCAAGCUGAAAGAAGACUUCAUCCAGCAAUGUAUCUGUUUGCUCUUGCAUAUCGAACGCUUGAUCUUGAUUAUGCCAAAACAAGCAAGAAAACAUUUAGAAAUGUUAUUGGAGCACAUAUGUUCCGAGUUCUUCACUGGUGCAGAAAACUUGCUCAAUAGGUAGUAUAUCUAUUAGCCUUAUGCACUGUCAAUAAAUUAAACGAGUCAUUGCUAGCUCAAUUAGGACAUAUCAGCUGAUUUCUUUUUAACAAUCUCUAUUUUGUGAUUGUAGAAGAUUUCCUUGUCCAUUUACAGCUACACACUGACUGUUUGGACAGAUGCUCUGCUAGUACUGAAAGGUAAAUUAGAGGCCUCACGUAGUCUUAUCUACAUGGUUGGAGAAAAUUCAUCUUUUGACCUUCCUGGUGCUGUGGUCUAUUGGCCAAAUACUGAACUCAAUGUCUCAAUCGGUCAAGGACUAGCUUCCGUGCCUUGCCUGGAGAUAGUUGCACAACAUUGUUGUAAAAAAUGCUCUCUGUAGCUACUUGCCUUAGAAUUGUUAUGCAAGAGAAGACUGAAUCUUUGUGGAUAUACAUCUAUUGAUUUCUAUAUAUUUCCCAUACCUUUACAAAUGCCUAAAUGUCCCAAAACAAAAAAUUGUUCAUAUUGGCAAGUAUUAUGAAAGCUAAUUGUUUCACAAAGAAUUUCAUCCAUAAUAAACUCGGAGCUGACAAAUUUCCUGUAGUUUUCUUCGUUAUUAUAACACAUGGCAUAUUAAAUAUGUAUAAUCUUAUCCUGCUUCCACGGACUUGUGUCGUAACAUGCAUAUGGAACUUGCAUUGCACGUCGACCUGUUUAUCUGCCUAUAUAUUGGAGUCUUUAUUUUUCUUCACGUCA